UAGCGCCAUUCCUAAGCUGCGUUCGUUUUGUUCAUCUCUCUUGUUCCUUCCCGUUUAGAGAGAGAGAGAGAGAGAGAGACUGAUGGGCUCUUCUGCUACUCUUCGUCUCCUCUUCCCUCUCUCAGUUUUGCUCUGUAUUACUUCUUGCUUAAGUCACGCAACUAUAUUCCCAGGGAUUGACUUGGAAAAUCCAGUUAUUGAUGUGACUCCAUCCCUCCUCUCUCCUUGUACCUCAUCUCCUCUCGGUGCCAAAGAAGUAUUAUGGUGUGGGCGCAUUCGAGUUGCUGGUCAAUCGAGACUGAAACUUGGGAGUUACGCUACUGCAUAUCAGGUUACUUCGGCCCCAUCCGUGGUAAUUCCUGAGAAACUACACAACAAAAUUCAGAUAUGUUUUCACAAGAAUGCUUCGCGUGGUCUAUGUCAAUGCGAAAAAGAUGAGUGGAAAUCUGUUCAAAAUGGGCUUUGGAGCUCUGUUAUGUCACCUUAUGGGGAAAGAUUUGUCGAUGUGAAGUUUGCUGCAGAUAUUCCUGGUUCUGUGACAGUAACAGUCAAAGAAGAGUUUCAAAGAUGGCGUCUCCUUUGUCUUGCUCUUGGGUUUAUUUUGUUGCUGCUGGCACCAGUGGUCAGCGGUUGGGUUCCAUUCUAUUAUAGCAGUUCGAUGGCGAUUGGAGUUUUACUUGUCAUCAUAAUCAUUCUUUUUCAGGGGAUGAAAUUAUUACCAACUGGGAGGAAAAGUUUCUUCUACUACACUAUUUAUGGUUCAGUGCUUGGAGCAGGGUCUUUCCUGUUAAAUUACUUUUCAAUGUUGGUCAAUUCAAUUCUUGUCAGCUUUGGGCUGAGUGAAGAGAUGCACAAUCCGGUUUCUGUUUUUGUGCUACUCUUGAUUGUCCUUGCAGGAGCUGCUCUAGGGUAUUGGAUUGUGCGGAAAUUUGUUAUUUCCGAAGAUGGAAGUGUGGAUGUUGGCGUAGCUCAAUUUGUGAAAUGGGCCAUGCGCGUCAUUGCAGUCACGUUUAUCUUCCAAAGCACUCUUGAUAUGCCUUUGGCAAUGGGGGCAUUGGGUUCUUGUUUGGCUAUCUGCUCUCUUUUUACUUCCUUGGAGUGGAAUGGUCCAGAUGAUAUCGCUACUUUUGGGAAUUCCUUGUAUUCUGGAAGUGGGAGUCCUUGGGGGAGUGGAAAACAGUUUACUUCAAGACAAAAUCGUGCAGAAUUUCUCAGCAGAUCUGGCAAGUUGGGUCCACGAGGAAAACAGUGGAACAGCCCACAGAGAUCUCCUGCUUGGUCUGACUCUCCUUCGAAAGGCAUAAGAUCUCCAACCACUGGUAGGUUGGUAAGAAAUCAGCCGGAUCACUAUUCAACCUUCCACAGGACACCCAACAGAAAAAAGUACUCGAAAAAGGAAUGGGAGGAAUUUACGGAGAAAUCAACACGGCAAGCCAUGGCUGAAUUGGCAUCCUCUCCGGAGUUCACUGACUGGAUUAUCAAGAAUGCUAAUCGAAUUCAACGUAUUCCGGAUGAUAGUUCACUUGAUACAAUUGGAAGUGGGUCAGAUUCCACAGACGCGAAUGUUGCAGAGAGUUGUGACCGAUUUAGUUUCUUCAAAUGGUAGCUGACACUGUAUACCUUACCAGUUUCUGAUCCCGUCUUGGCAUUAGGAUAGCAAUUUAUUGGGUACCUUUUUCCCCAACAACCUUUGGGUACCUUAGUUGUACAAUCAUGAGUUGGAGGCUUGACAUACAUCUCCUUUGUCAAAAUCAUUUUUCCCCGUGUCAAUGUGUAAAGUUAUAUUUGAUCAUGUUGUUAACGAUUUAUUUUUUUAUACUAAACUUGGAUUGAAAACAAA